UUGUCUGGGAUUGUGUAUGCUCGUGGGCAAUCUGCCUACUUCAUCGAACUCAGGGGCCUCUGUAAAUAACGAAAGAAUCCAGAAAUCAGGCAGAUUCCAACUAUGACAGACUAUGCACAAGAACAAGAAAUGGAAAUAGAAGCUUUGGAAGCUAUACUUAUGGAUGAUUUCAAAGAGAUACACUCUGGUGAAAGUGGCCUAAGUACUUCCAGUAAAUGUUUUCAGAUAAAAGUAUCUGCGCAGGAGGAUGAUACAGAUGAGUCAAUGACAGAUCCAGUUCAAUUGGCUUUGAUCUUCUCACACACAGAGAAGUAUCCAGAUGAACCUCCACUUCUGAAUUUGAAGAGCUUGCGGGGUAUAUCUAGUGAAGAUUUAAGGAUUUUGAAAGAGAAACUUCAGGAAGAGGCAUCGGAAAAUCUUGGUAUGGCGAUGAUCUACACUCUAGUUACCUCAGCUAAAGAGUGGUUAUCUGAACGGUUUUUUCAAGACGAUACAAAUGGAGACGCUGAAGCUGAAGAGGCUGCCAAAGAUGAUAUAGUAGUACCGCAUGGGGAACCAGUUACUGUUGAAACAUUUUUGGCAUGGAGAGAAAGGUUUGAAGCGGAACUGGCAUUGGAACGAGCCAAGCUAAUGCCGGAGUCCGCACUUACUGCACCGAAGGAAAAGAAGCUCACUGGUAGACAGUGGUUUGAAAGUGGAAGAGCUUCAACGAAAGGUGCAGCACCCGUCACUGAGGGAUCUGACGAGGAGGAUGAGGAUGAUAUUGACUUUGAUGAUGAUGAUCUGGAAGAUGAUGAGGAUGAUAUGCUUGAGCAUUAUCUGGCUGAAAAAUCCGAUUCUUCUGCCCAUUCUCUAGAAGAGGCAGCUAAACUGCACAUGCAGCUGCAGCGGCACUGCUGUUGGGCGACUUGUUCCCACGACUUGUCUCGCUGAAAUUAUUUUUGCCCCGGCGUCUGCAUUUUUCAUGGACAAGGAAGGGUUGGGAUAGAAGGAGAAUUAGGUAUUGAGCUGGAAGUGUGUCAUGUAACCUUUGUGUUUCCUUAAAAGCACUUGAAUAUGAAAAAUGCAUUUCAAUUUGUAGUCUUCAGCCCUGAAUCUAUGAAAGCAUUAGCUCCGGAAUGAGUAUUUAUGUGACAAAUCAGUUCAAGGAAAAGAAAUAAGAUGCAUAUGUUUUUAGCGGCUUCGAA